UUCAGGGGCUGGGACAGGGCUCCCAAUGCACAGGGAGCGGCUCCCGGUCGGUCUCAGGGUGUGAUGGGAGCUCUUGCUCCUCAGGGUCCACAGCUGGGCAGCUGAGGGCGCCAGCUUCACUGGGACACGAUCCCCAGGGACCACACGGGAGGCUGGGGCGUCUUGACAGGGACAAUGACCAUGCAGGGUGAGAAGCCCUCAAGCAGGGGGGAACAGGUCUAGCCCAGCUGUGACAAAGGCUGGACCCACACCUGCUGUGGCAGGCGGAGGCUUCCCCCUGUUGGUGCGACGGGGGACAGUGUGCACAGGGCAUGGCUUAGAAGUGCAGCAGGCAGCGCCCGCUGGGACUCGGCAGCCAUCUUGUGUGAGAGGAGGGGGCUCAGUUGAGGAGCCACAGGAAGUGACCUCACCUGGAGACCUGGGGGGCCCGGCAACAACCCCAACAUUCCAGAGUUGAGUCUGAACCAGCUCACCUGGAUAGAGUCUCGCAGGAAGAUGUUCCUGAGUUGUAUCCCGCGAUGCCCAAGCCCAGCCCCCAAGAAACCCUGCGGUGGGUGCCUCGCCCAGUGGUGGGGACGCUGGGCCAGCCCUCACCCCCGACGCUCCUGGUGCUUCCAACAGAAAACGGCCAUGGGCCAGGACAGGUCAGCCUCGCGCCUGGCAAUGCACAGAAGGCUGCGGAUCGCCAGCAGGCAGGACGUGUGUCAGGCCCCUUUCACUGAUGACCUGUGUGUGGUGGGGGAGUGGUCAAACGAGCCCACAGCUCCGAAGCCCCCGUACCGGGCGUUCCCCGGCACACAGAAACCACUGGACGUCCCCCUCAGUCACACACUGUUGGUCAGAGCCCAGAUAGAGCCCAGGGGCUCCGCAAAUGCCCAUCUCACAGCGGAGGAAGUAGGGCCCGUUGACUUCGCCUGUGUCAGUCGUGACCCAGGGUCAGGGCCGGGCCUGGCACCUGACCUCACGGCUGGGGCGGCACAGAGCCCUGAUCUCCCAACAACACCCCCGCUGGAGCAGUGCUGGUCCUCCAUCGAUCAGCGCCACCACAAGGAUGCGCGGGGGACAGCUGUGUCCCCGGGGGCCGAGCAGGGCUCAGGGGAGGCCCUGAGAGAAGAGGCUCUGGGGAUGGAGGGUCCUGGAGCCAGGACUGUACGCAGCAGCUGA